AGAGCUCCGCAAGACCAAGUGAAUUAUAACUAAUACUCCCGGAGCGGUAACUAAAAAGCCACAGGACUAAAUUUUGUUACAGAAUUUCUGUACUUAGAUUUCGAUAUGGAUUCGUCGGCUGGUUCUCAAAGCUUAACACAUGAUGAUAGAGCCAGCAUACUCAUCGGCGUAGUAUGUCUCGUAUGCACUAUUGCCACAACGGCAGUAGGGCUUCGGUUCUACACGCGUUCAUGUAUACUCAAACAACUUGGUAUUGAUGAUUAUCUGAUAUUAGCUGCAUUGGCCUUUGCUCUGGCGACAGGGGUUUCCCAAUGUACGAACACGCGCAAUGGACUGGGAAAGCACGUGUGGAAUCUGGGUAGCGACAUCCAACGCAGCAAUUAUUUGAAGGGCUUUUAUGUCUCCAUCACACUCUACAAUACAGGACUUAUGUUUGUUAAGUUGGCAUUCUUGACGCAGUAUUACCGGCUACUUGCUACGAAGAAGAUGCGGAUGAUCCUGAUGAUUGCCAUGGUACUAAUUGGUUGCUGGUCUAUGUCCCAAAUUGCCGUUGGUAUCUUCAUCUGCGAUCCUAUCUCCGGAUUCUGGGAGAACUCGACAGGCUCUUGCAUAGGAAAUUACCCUCAGUGGUACAUCAAUGCGGCGGGGAACAUCGCGACAGAUAUUGCGAUUUUCGUAUUACCAUUACCUGUUCUUAGGCACCUACACCUCCCUAAGGCUCAGCGACUUGUCCUUAUUGGAAUAUUCAGUUUCGGCUUCUUCACGUGUGCUAUUUCUGUCAUCCGUAUCAAGUUUCUCCAAUUAGGGGGUGACGUCUCGUACGAAAAUGUUGAGGGGUCUAGUUGGUCCAUUACAGAGCUAUGCUCAGGCAUCACCUGCGCAUGUCUGCCUACACUGCGACCUCUGGUUUCGAAAUGGAUUCCUGCUCUUUCAAAUCGUCUCCAUAAACCAACCAGAAACUCCUGUAUGGCAGGCGCAGAGCGAGGAAGCAGGCACAUUCGUGGCGAUUCGGAUGCGAGUAGGAUGAUGGACAUGAAGAACGAAGACGAAAUAUUUUACUACUUGGGCGUACAUGCGCGUUCAGAUGGCAACAUGGAUGGCUCGAAUGAUUCAUUGGAAGCUGGGAGACUACGCGAAAGCUUGUCUACCUGUCAUGGAGGCAGUUCGCCAACACCUCCACCUCCACCAUGUGCUCACAUCCAAACUCGCACCUCUCAUAGGCCGAGCGCUUAUUGUGGUUGGAUAGGGUCGUCGGUGACGACAGAAAUUGGCACAGGUGAGAAACGCAACCAGCACAACCCCAAUAAUCUUUCCGCUGCUGCUAUCCAGGUCCAGCGCGACGUGGUAAUGCAUUGAAUGUAGACUGGAUGAUUAUGUAGACUCCGAUUUGAUACAAUCGAAUAAAGCAGCACGUUUAUUCAUCCACCUAUGGACAUUAGUGUCCGUUAAGGACAUCGGUCGAAAUAAAAUUUAAACGUACAAGUUCACAGCCUACCUAGGAAGUACCAUUUGCUACUAAUUAGAGCUUUUUCGUAAUCAUCGGGGAUGAUAGAAAGAAUAUCAUUAUAAUCUUUUUUG